AUAGAAUGAAGAAAAUGAGCAACAUCUAUGAAUCAGCGGCCAAUACCCUGGGAAUCUUUAACAGCCCAUGCCUGACCAAAGUGGAGCUGCGUGUUGCAUGCAAAAGUAUAUUAGAAAGAGAUGCCCUUUCCAAGCCAGAUCCCUGCGUUAUCCUUAAAAUGCAGUCACAUGGGCAGUGGUUUGAGGUUGACAGGACAGAAGUGAUUCGAACCUGUAUAAACCCAAUCUUCUCCAAGCUUUUCACCGUGGACUUCUACUUUGAAGAGGUUCAGCGAUUACGGUUUGAAGUCCAUGACAUUAGCAGCAAUCACAAUGGGCUGAAAGAAGCAGAUUUUCUUGGUGGCAUGGAAUGCACUCUCGGGCAAAUUGUUUCACAGAGGAAACUCUCCAAAUCCUUACUGAAACAUGGGAACACAGCAGGGAAAUCAUCCAUAACAGUGAUUGCUGAGGAAUUAUCCGGCAAUGAUGACUAUGUUGAACUUUCAUUCAGUGCACGGAAAUUAGAUGACAAGGAUUUUUUCAGCAAAUCUGAUCCAUUUCUGGAGAUUUUCCGGAUGAAUGAUGAUGCAACCCAGCAGCUUGUUCAUAGAACUGAGGUUGUGAUGAAUAACUUAAAUCCAGCCUGGAAAUCUUUUAAAGUGUCUGUAAAUUCUCUGUGCAGUGGAGAUCAGGAUCGCAGACUAAAGUGCAUAGUUUGGGACUGGGAUUCCAAUGGGAAGCAUGACUUCAUUGGAGAAUUUAGUUCAACAUUCAAGGAAAUGCGAGGAGCAAUGGAAGGAAGACAGGUACAGUGGGAGUGCAUAAAUCCCAAGUAUAAAGCAAAGAAGAAGAAUUACAAGAAUUCAGGCAUUGUCAUUCUUAACCAAUGCAAGAUCCACAAGAUGCAUUCUUUCUUAGAUUACAUCAUGGGUGGAUGCCAAAUACAGUUUACAGUAGCUAUAGAUUUCACAGCAUCAAAUGGUGAUCCCAGGAACAGCUGCUCACUGCACUAUAUUCACCCCUAUCAACCCAAUGAGUACCUGAAAGCAUUGGUAGCUGUGGGGGAGAUUUGCCAAGACUAUGACAGUGAUAAAAUGUUCCCAGCCUUUGGCUUCGGAGCAAGGAUACCACCGGAAUAUAAAGUCUCUCAUGAUUUUGCAAUCAACUUCAAUGAAGACAACCCAGAAUGUGCAGGGAUACAAGGAGUUGUGGAAGCGUAUCAGAGCUGCCUUCCAAAGCUACAGCUUUACGGGCCGACAAAUAUUGCUCCCAUCAUCCAGAAGGUGGCUAAAUCAGCAUCAGAGGAGACCAACACGAAGGAGGCUUCGCAAUACUUCAUCUUACUGAUUCUGACGGAUGGUGUGAUCACAGAUAUGGCUGACACCCGAGAAGCCAUUGUUCACGCUUCCCACCUGCCUAUGUCUGUCAUCAUUGUUGGGGUUGGAAAUGCUGAUUUCAGUGACAUGCAGAUGCUAGAUGGUGAUGACGGGAUCCUGAGGUCCCCCAAGGGUGAGCCAGUUCUUCGGGACAUCGUCCAAUUUGUGCCAUUUCGGAACUUCAAACACGCAUCCCCAGCUGCGCUAGCAAAAAGCGUUUUGGCUGAAGUUCCAAAUCAAGUGGUGGACUAUUACAAUGGCAAAGGGAUUAAACCAAAAUGUAUGUCAGAUUAUGAAUCUUCCAGGACACUAGCUCCAUGAACCUUCCCCGCACACUUUUACAGAAUUAAAAAAAAUGCUACUAACGACAACUACUGUACUUUAAAACAAAACAAACAAAAAAUAGCACGUUUUGGUGAUUUUUAACUCAAAUAAUAAUUUUUUUUGCAUGUGUAGCCUUAAAGGCUUAAAUCUGUUAAGCAGUUGUAUUGUUGAAAACUUUUUAUGAGAAAACAGGAAUUAACUCUUUACAUUACAGCAUGUCGCCUUGAAAUAAAAAGUUAUCUGUAUCUGUUUUUUAUACAGGUUUGUUGAAAUUUUGCUAAAUUUCUUAUCUUUACACUGUAAAGCAUUUUGAAACAUUUAUUGAGAGUUGAUAGCCAAAACGUCUUUGGUUUUAUCUGCUAUGGACUGAAAGAUUUUUCAAAAUGGCAGAUGCAUGAACUGUAUUUUGCAUGUUUAAAAUAAAAACAACACAGUUUUGCA